GAGUGAAGUGAGGAGUUUCCUUCAGUGUCUGCCUUAUAUCUCACAGCUCAGGCUUUCCAUCGACAUGUCCUUCCUCCUGUUUCAGUGGGUAAGAAGAGGCAGAGUGGUCUGUCCGCUGGCUGUUGAAGAGCUUUCUCUUGUGCCUAAGAAAGCCCGACCAUCACAGAGAGUAAUGUUGAGGGCUGUCAGUAGUUUGGCUUCCCUGCUGAGAUACUGGACAGUCGCACGGUUAGACCUGACUGAGACCUGCAUCCCUGCUCAGGGUCUCAUUACACUGCUGCUCCAUGAUGGUCCUCUAACAGUCAAACUGAGUGAAGAGAGCUUCCAGCAGCUUCUGUGUCUCCUCCAUGAAAUCCAGGACAAGGACUUGACGUUGUCCUUCUUGAGUAAGGUUGGUGGAGACCUGACCUCCUGCUGUCUGAACUGGGAGCUUCUUCACUAUCUGCUGCAGCAGUCGUCAGCUCAGACCAUCACUGUGAACCUGAGGAAGAACCUCUUCUUACAGGAGGAAACCACACGUCUGCUUCCCUUUCUGGACAGGAUUGUGUUUAAAAGGCCCAGUCCCAGCUUUGUGUUGAGCUCCAUCAGAGAGCUCUACAGAGCUCAUGACAGUCACGCUGUACCCAGUUUACUGAGGUCACUUGGUCAUGUGAUCAACCUGAGCAGCAGAGAGCUGGACUCAGUGGACUGUGCUGCUCUGAUCUUCAUCCUCAAACACGGAGAUGGAGUCAAACUGAACCUCCUGUGGACCUCCAUACCAGCAGAGGGAGUAGAGUCCAUCCUCUUCAUGCUGGACAAAGUUUCUCAUCUCAGUGUUGACAGGAAUCAGCUGCUGAGGUUCAUCCACUGCUGUGCUGCCUGUGACGUCCAGCAGGAGGCAGCGUCAGGCCUGCUGAGGACUCUGCAGCACAGCUUGGAUCUGUCCUGCUCCUCCUGUGUGGAGCUACCAGAGGAGGAUCAGCCUGAGCCUCUGAGUCUGACUGCUGAUGACUGCAGGGCCGUCUCCACCAUCCUGACACACAGCAGCCGAGACACACAGCUCGACCUGCGAGACUGUGAGGUGGAGGACAGCGUGCUGGACCUGCUGUUUCCUGUCCUCCACAGGGUCCGCCUCAGAGUCAGUAAAACUGUCCUCCUCCAGCUGCUGUCUCUGGUUCCUGUGAACAGUGAGAGGGACACAGUGAGGCGGGCGGUGUCCCUGUGUAGAGCUCUGGGUGGAGAGCUGGAUCUCAGUCACAGCACGCUGGAUCAGAGGGCCUGUGGGGCUUUGGUCCAGAUGCUGGACUCGUGUGAAGGGCUGACAGAGCUGGACCUCAGUCACUGUCAGCUCACUGACCAGCUGCUGCUCCCUCUCAUCACACAUCUGCACAAAGUCCAAGUCCUGGAUCUGAGUCACAAUCAGAUCACUGAUGCUUCGACUGAUGUGUUACUGCAGCUGCUCUCCAUCAACCCCUCCAUCGACUGUGUGCGACUCUACAGCAACAACAUCGUGCACAGAGCAGCCUUCAAGGAACACAAGCAGUUUGAGGUCUGGUGAAGCACUCGUCAUCAUCAUCGUCAUGAACAUCAUCAUCAUCAGGGAUUCACUGGUUUCCUCUGUUCUUGUCAUCAUUGCAUGAAAAUAUUGGGUGGAGUGGGAGCACUGAUACUGUGUUCAUGGACUCAGUGUAAUGUCGCGGUGUACGACACAUUGACAUUACAUCCAAUGAGUUUUGAUGACCAUCUUAAUUUUUUUUUAUUUUUUCUACAAUCACUUGAAGACAGUUUAUAUGGAGACAAAGAGCAGCCAACAGUGUUUGUUUCAAUUUCCCACUGUUUCUUUUCUUUCUGAGCUACUGCAGAUUUUUCUUUGAUGGAGGUCAGAUGUCUAAUUGGUCAUGUGAUGAUGUCACAGUCUGUGUCUUAGACCCACAAUUUUGAGUUUUGCGUUCUCGGUCUAAUCUUUUGGAUUUCAAGUCUUUAUUUCCCCAUGCAGUUACUUCCUGUUUUAUUUUGAUAGUCAUUUGUCUCUGUUCCUUGUAUUUAUGUUUGCUUGUCCUGAUUGGUUUCAGCUGUGUCUCAUUCCCUUAAUCUGCCCACUUUUAUAUUUACCUGUUAAACCUGAGAGUCCUGCAUAUUGGCCCUGCUGAAACUUGACAGAUGAUCAUCUUAAUGUUUACAUAUCUGAUAUUUCUGUAAUAAUUGUGAUUCUGUUAUUUUAUUAUUGAGACAAAACACAGAAGCCAUCACCAUUUUAUCAGUGCAGGGAGUCGGUCAUAUUUAUUAUUUGUACUUUUGUGAUAACGGUAUUUAUUCUGGUCUACAUGUUUCAGACAGGACAAAGUAGAGAGACUCUAGAAUGAUGUCUCAGAGUAACGAUGCAAUAAGUCAGCAAUCAGGAUAAAACCGUGUUUGGUAAUUUGACAUAACUGGAAGAAAUGAUCAUAAACAUGUAAAUCAUUUUUAGUUCGUAUUUCAUGUUAAGAGAUACACGUGGUAAUGAUUAUUUUCUGUCCUCUUAAUGUGACACUGUUAUGAAAUUUUCCUCAUUAAUGGACCUCAUGUAUAAUGAGUGGUGGCUGUAGCUCAGGGGGUAGAGCAGGUCAUCUACUAAUUUAAAGGUUGCUGGUUUGAUCCCUGGCUGCUGCCAGAUAUCCUCAGGCAAGAUACUAACCCCAAGUUAAGCACAGAGAAAGUGCCUGUAUGAAUGUGUAGAUGAGGCAUGUUGUGUAAAGUGCUCUGAGUGCUGCAGGAGUAUACAAAAACACUAUGCAAGAAUUUAUCCUUUAAUGCAUUUCAGGUUUUUAAAUGUAACUUUUUUUUACCAUAUUAAUGUAGAGCUUCAUGUAGACUCGGGGAAUAAAUAAAAGUUCGGAUGUCUGUGA